AAAAAAAAAAACAAUAAAAACGCGAAAAUUGUAUUCCGCUGCACAUUUCGUUCGUGCAGUUUCGCAAUUUGAAUACUGUCAUUGUCAUUUGUUUUAAUUUUAUUACUUUACAAUUUAUAUCGAGCUUAUUUAUUGUGGUGUUAUCAGUUGUUUGUUGAAACAUCAGUCUUUAUGUUUGUAAUUUUCACGAUUUUUUGAUUAUAUUUAUCAUUGCCGCAGAAAGUGCAGUUUUUAACAGAUCACCAUGGAGUUGCAGUGCAAAGUCCAGCAUUAUGAAUGGGGCAAGUUGGGGUAUGAUAGCACUAUAGCUAAGUUACUGCAGUGCGCUGAUCCCAGCAUUUCUAUCGAUCCUGCCAAGCCUUAUGCGGAGCUGUGGAUGGGCACUCAUCCCAAUGGCCCGUCCAUCAUCACUGAGAGGAAUGUAUUGCUGUCAGACUAUAUUAAGGAUAAUCUUGAUGCGAUCGGACCAGCGGUGAGGAAGAAGUUUGGAGUUGAAGUGCCAUUUCUAUUCAAAGUCUUGUCGAUAAGGAAGGCUUUGUCGAUUCAGGCUCAUCCUGAGAAGGAGCAUGCUGAAGAGCUUCAUAAGAACUUUCCGGACCUGUAUAAGGAUGCCAACCAUAAGCCGGAGCUUGCCAUCGCUCUCACGCCAUUCGAAGCUCUAUGCGGUUUCAGACCGCUGUCUGAAAUAAAAGAAUUUCUUAAAAAGUUACCGGAGCUUAAUAAAAUGCUACCCAAGGAGACUGUGGAUGCGUUGCUCUCUCAUGAAGAGCAAGGGGACAGCGGCAAGGUGCUCAAGCCGGUGUUCCACGCACUGAUGACUUGUGAGAAGGAUGUUGUUGCCAACGGCCUGUUGAAUACGCUGAAGAAACUUGCCAAGAAAGAUUCAUCCACUCAGGCAGCUCUACACUACCAAUUGUUGAAGAAACUUCACGAGGACUUCCCGGGCGACGUCGGGUGCUGGGCGGUGUACUUCCUGAACUACAUGCAGCUGCAGCCCGGGCAGGCCAUAUUCCUCAAGCCGAACCUGCCCCACGCUUAUCUCAGCGGAGAUUGCAUCGAAUGCAUGGCGUGUUCGGACAACAUCGUCCGCGCGGGCCUCACGCCCAAGUACAUCGACGUGCCGACACUAGUGGAGAUGCUGGACUACAGCAGCUACGCUAAAGCCCAGCUGAUGUUCAACCCGACGCUGGAGGACUCUCACAGCUGCAUCUGGCGGCCGCCGGUGCCUGAUUUUGCCGUCAUCAAGAUUAGGGUGGAGAACGAAGAGCCGUACAACACUCAGAUCCGCCCAUCCCCAAGCUUGAUCCUGAUAACGUCAGGUUCAGGGACUGCGUGUGACACAGAACCCAUCCGUGCUCGGCCUGGAGUGGUCAUCUUUCUGAAGGCGAGCCGCCAGCUUACGCUCACUCCCGAUGCUGGUGACCACCUCGAGGCAUACCAGGCUAUAUGCAAUGUAUGACGGUACCGAUACGCGCUCAUCACACCAGGCGAUAACAUAUUCGCUCAAUAAAUCAUCCGGUGUGUCGCGCGUAUAAACAAACAAUAUAAUUGGGGUAAGUUCGCAUCAUGGGGGUAAGACCGAAUCAAACUACUGAACCCUAACCGUGAUAAAAAUGGCACUUCAUACUGUAAUGUCCGUUAGAAAUUUUCUGGUUUCGCGGUUUUACAAUGAACGAUCUUACCCCCGUAAAUCGAAGUUACCCCAACUCACUAUACAUACAACAAUAACGGGCAUCUGUGAAGUGUUAGUUGCUUUUAUUCCUGUCGCUUUUCUUGUUAGUUUGAAUAUUAUAAACUACAAUGGUAUAGUACCAAGUGUUAUAGAUAAUUUACUGAUCUCUUAAUGAAAUGUCUUAUAUUUACAGCAAUGUUAAUUAUAUAAAGAAUAUAAUAUUAAAAACAUUUGUUUAGGUCAGUAUUGUGACAGCUUCAUAUACUACGCAUAGAAUUCCUUUGACAGACUUACCCAUUAAGAGUAGGCUGAGUAUUUCUAGUUUUAUUAAUAAAGAACGUCUAUUAUUAUACUGUAAUUGUUAAUAGUUAAUAGCUAGAACACUUUACGGACUUGCCCGCAUCAAAUAUAAUGCAUUUACAAGUAGCCCGUGUAACCAAUAGGCGUAAUUCCACAUUCUAAUUUAAUUAGUAUGGAUUUUAACCGCAAUUUUAUCCGCUUGUUAGAUUCACAACCGAACACAUAUCGGCGAUGAUAUUAGGCGAGUAAUGUUAGCACAAUAUAUGUGAUUGUAAACGUAGUUGUAUUAUAGUAUAAGUAUUGUUAUGGUCAGUUUAGUUUUUAUGUGUUUUUUUUUGUGAUUUUUUUACGCUGGCGUUAGAAAUGCAGUGGCUGGCAACGCGAUCGUUUAGAAGCUCUUUAGUAGAUCUAAUGUUUAGUUAAAUUUUAUUAGUAGCCAUUCAGAGGGUUUCUUUAUAUGUUAUAUAAACAAGAGGCUUUCUUUUUUAUCACACACGUACAUAUCAUGGAAAUGUUGAUUUAUAUAAUGGCGAUUUUAUAGUUCAAGGUUGUUGUCAAAAAUUAAUUGACAGCAUUUGAGUAAGACAGCCUUAAUUUUCUCGUCAAAGACAUGUUUAAGUAAUGUUGAAAGUAUGAGAUUAAGCUAAUUAGGUAAGACAGUGUACAAGAUCUGCCCUGCAUAUAGAUUGACCGCGUUUUUAUUGUUAUUAAAAUGUGUUUGUGUUAAAAUCAUUAUUGUAUUCUAUGGCUUGUAAGAGGUGAUUUUAUCUCAAAUAUAAGUGUUGAAAGAUAUUAAAAGGCCAUAAAUAUAAUACAGCAUUACUAUUGUCCUUUAUAGGAGAAACAUUAUGUUCCUACAAGUUAUAUUUGUUAAGUUAAAUUUUAACUAUAUUGUUUCCGUUAUAAAUGUAUUAAAUAUAAAAUAUUUAGCAUCUAAGAAUGCAUUCGUAAUGGAAAUAUUUAUGCAUAUAUAGAAACGUAGAGUUUAAGUUAUACUUAGACGUAGAUUUUAAACCAUUUUGGACCCGAAUUAUAUGUUUUGAAAUUAUACUUAUUGUAUGAAUGUAUGAUAUAAUAAAAUUUGUAACCACUUAGUGUUUUACGUGGA